AACCCUUCAAAAAAAUUAAAAAAAAAUGCUCCUUUCCCGCCCCAUCCCCCAAAUCUCCGUCCACCGCCGCCACCACCGCCGCGGACACCGCCCAAUUGUCUCCCUGGACGCCGCCCAACACUUCGACUUCGAAUCCGUCGCCUCCUCCUCCCUCUCCUCCCAAUCCAAGCUCAAGAUCGCCAUCAUCGGCUUCGGCAACUUCGGCCAGUUCCUCGCCCAAACCCUAACCUCCCAAGGCCACACUCUCCUCGCCCACUCUCGCUCUGACUAUUCUUCCGUCGCCAAAACCCUCAACGUCUCCUUCUUCCAGGAUCCCCACGAUCUCUGCGAGCAGCACCCCGACGUCGUCCUGCUCUCCACCUCCAUCCUCUCCUUCGCCGACGUGCUCCGGUCCGUACCCCUUCAGUCCCUCCGCCGCAAUACCCUCUUCGCCGACGUCCUAUCGGUCAAAGAGUUCCCUAAAAAUCUCUUCUUGCAGCAUCUCCCUCCGCAUUUCGAUGUGCUCUGUACCCACCCCAUGUUUGGGCCGGAGUCGGGGAAGAAUGGGUGGGCUGGGUUGCCUUUUGUGUUUGAUAAGGUUCGGGUUGGGGAAACCCCGUCAAGGAUUGAGCGGUGCGAGAAAUUUCUUAGGAUUUUCGAGGAUGAGGGGUGUAGAAUGGUGGAGAUGAGCUGCGAAGAGCAUGAUGAGAAUGCGGUUGAGACCCAGUUCUUGACGCAUACUGUGGGGAGAAUGUUGGCUUUGUUGGACUUGAAAGAUACCCCGAUUAAUACGAAAGGGUACGAGGUUUUGAGGCAGUUGAAGGCUAAUACUUGUAAGGAUAGCUUCGAGCUCUACAAGGGGUUGUUUAUGUAUAAUAAGAAUGCGACGGAGUUGCUAGACAGGUUGGAUGCAGCGUUUGAUUCGUUGAAGAAGGAGUUGUUUGAGAAUUUGCAUGAUGUGUUGAGGAAGCAGUUGUUUGAGAGCCCGCCGAAUGGAUUGGGGAAUCAAGGGAAACAGUGAACAAUGUUCUCUGGUAUGGGUUUCAUUUUUAGGAAUUAGUGUUGGUUAUUGUUACUUUUAGAAUUGGAUGGGGGAGUUAUUUAGAUUUAGUUUCUUAUUUAUUAGAAAAC